UCAGGUCAGCCUCGGGUGGCUUUCUCUGCGGUUUUCGGGGAGUCUGGAGGUACGGUCAUCGGACCCUUCACAGUGUCCAUCCCUCUCCAGUAUAAGAAAGUCUUGUCCAACAUUGGCAGCGGCUACAACCCUUCAACAGGUGUGUUCACAGCGCUGGUCAAAGGAAUGUACUUCUUCCGCUUCUCCAUGUUUAGGAAUUCACAGAUUACCGAAUUUUCGGUUAUUAGCCUGAUGAAGAAUGGUGAGGUGCUAGCUUCGGUCUGGGACGGCACUUCUCCAGACUAUAAUGACAUGGGCAGUAACACCGCAGUGAUCGCCUUGGAGCCCGGAGACAGCGUCUAUGUGGAGCUCAUAGCCGACACAGCUGUCUACGAUGACGAGCAUAACUACAACACCUUCAGUGGCUUCCUGCUCUUCCCCAUGUAGAGGGAACAUUUAAAAUAAAUGCAUCUCCAACCAGGAGUUUAGACAGGCACUCAAUUGACGAAUGUUAAGCCAGUCUUCUGAUACCAUAAAGUUGAAUGUCUAGGUAGGAACAGCUGUUUCCCUAUGGCACAGGUGUGUGUAGAAUUCUGCAAUGCCUGUACUCCAUGGAAUACAA